GCAGGAGGAGCAAACGUGAUUAUUGGAGCAGAGCAGACAGCUGCGUUUAUGGUUCACACUGUAUUUCCCAUGUAAACAUUCAUCAGCAAAACCCUGUCCUGACACCUUUGAACAAUAUUAACGCUUAUAAAAACAAAAAAGAAAUAAAAACAUAGCGUGCUUCUUUCUUUUCAGUUUUAAAGUGAAACUGACUGUAAGUUCAGAAAGUUUCCAGAACAAACGAAAGCCACACCUACAGAGGGUUAGAUAAAAACAGAGAAGGCUUUCAUUUCACUUCAGUCGCUGCAGGAGGACUUGUCAACGACUUUUCAACUUCUGGUGUUUUUUUAUCUUUCUGCAAAAAUGAAAUCUCUUCUUCUUGCUGCAGUUGUUGCCCUGAUCCACAGCAGUCACGCUGCUUUGAUGAUCAAAGGGCCAACCGAGCCGGUUCUGGAGGGAGAUAUAGUCACACUGGAAUGCCUUUACACAGACGGUGACCUCAACAUCAGCCAGGUUCACUUUGAGUACUUCUCUGAGUACAUGCAGGACUGGCAACAAGUCUUUUGGAGGGGUUUCCGGUCUUAUUGCUACUAUGACAGAGCAGCAGAGGUCGAAGAGGACGGCGAGAAGACGUAUCUGCGCCUUCUUUACCCAACACGUUUCUCAGGAGUUCGCCUUCGUUGCGCGUCAGACCCUGGAAAUGCGACCGAGCCGGACCACGUCUCUGAAUCGAUAACCUUCAAAGUGCACUAUCUGCGAGGGCCGUCCCUGACUAUGGAGGGCUACUCACGGUACAUGGAGGCCCCGCAGGAGGUGAAGGUGCGAGUCGGAGCCGACGUGGUGGUGAAGUGCUCCGCCAGCUCGUCAGAGGAGCCCAGCUACUUCUGGCAAAAAGAGGGAAGUGACUGGGUCCUGCCAUCACCUCUGCUGACGGUGACGAAGGUGAGCGCGCUGGAUGAGGGAAAGUACACAUGCCUCGCCAAGAAUCCAUCGGUGGAGUCCCUAAAUGUGCAGCGCACCAUCAGCAUCACAGUUCUGCCCGAGGAUGCCCCGUGGUACGAGACCACUAAUGGCCGUCUCUGGCUGCUGACCUCAUCGGCGGUUGUGGUCCUGUUCGUGUGCAUCCUCACCGUGAGCUUGCUCCUGUGCCGCAGAGCCAAGAAGAUCAAGACCAGCAAGGGGCCCAUUGAUGACCAUUCUCAGAAGAAGCCAAUCUACCGAACAAGUGUGGAAUCCAUUCCCUCCACCUGCUUGGACAAACAACCCCUGGUGUGACUUCAUAGUCGGAGGGAAGGAUGGAAUUUUUGGUGGGGAAUGAUCGGCCGGAGAGGAGAAGAGAGGGGAUAUUGGGAGUCUUGAGUGUAAAAUCCAAAUCAUUAAGAAACUGGGUACAAAGAAAGCGCUGAAGGGCAAAUGAUUGCUUUAGAGAUGCCGAAACAGCUUUGCAUGCCAGUAUAAACUGCAGUUGUGCAUCUGAGGUAAAAAGGUGGGCAAUUUUCUUUUCAUUUACUCUGCAGCGUGGAAAUUGGCUCGCUACAUUCUUAGCAAAGGGGAUGAUGAUUAAUCUUUGUGUACUUGUAAGACUCCUCGUGGAAUUCUGCCUUUUCUGUGACAAAUGGGAUUGUUUGAGCUUUUUAAUCGCAAAUGAAGCAUUUGAGGGACGGUGCGAGGAUUUCUUUUGAUUUGUGUCUUCUUAAAAAUAAUAACCAGCUCAAAGAGUCACCAACACGUUUUUGUAAUCUCCUUUUUUUUGUUUUUGCAGCACUCAAGCACUUUCCUCUGUUAUACUGUUCUUUGGAUUUCUUUGAAAUGACAUAACUUUUUUAAAAAUAUGACCCCCACA